AUGGCAAUUCUCGGUACUCAAGGCGUUCUUUUCUCUAUGUCUCAUCUGAAAGAUGCUUUUCUUGUUUCGGCUGCUGCUGCCCGUGGCACUUCUGCUCUUUCUAUGGAUCGUAUUCAAUUCCCAUCGUUGCGAUAUGAUUACACUCUGCGCCAAUUUUAUGUUGACUCGCAAGUUUUUGGUUCAUAUAAUGAUUCGGCUGAAUAUCUUCCAAAAGUUUAUGCUUGCGAUGAUAUUGUUCACCGUGCGAGAUAUGAGGAAAAAAGCGGCAUGCUGUUUAGUGUCAGUAUUAAUGGUUUUCUGAUUCGACAGAAGCUGGAUGGCGAUGUUGAAGUGUUUUGUCGUCCUCGUCAAAUUGUUUGUUCUCCAAGUCAGUCUACUAUUCAUCUUCGUGGGUCUAAUGUUGAAAUGGAAGUUCAGAGUGAUGAGAAAGCUUAUGUUAAAUGUGGAGCUAAGCGAGUUCAUGUUUCGCGUAGUGGAAUGGUCGUUUCUGAUGGGAAUUGCACUACUUCGAUGGACCAUAUUGGGUUUGUUUAUUUUUCUGUUAUAAAAAUAUUCUUUUUAAUGAUCAUCCCAAACCCUAGACAACAAAGAAAAAGUCGUUUUUUAAGUUUUCCGAAUAUUUUUUGGAAUUGAACUUUUGGGAAUGGUUCAACCAUUUUGGGAAUGGUUUCCUUUCAUAUCACCUUAUAAUUUUUAUUAAAUAAUUUUUAAUAUUUUUUUUCUACAGGCGCAUUGUGUCAGCUUCCUAACUUUCCAAUUAAAUAAAUAAUGAAUGAUCGUUGUGGGUAUUUGGGUGCAUUUUAAGAAUAGCUCUUUUAUCGUUUCAACUGUGUUAACUUGA